AUGUACGUGAGCUACCUCCUGGACAAGGACGUGAGCAUGUAUCCCAGCUCCGUGCGCCACUCUGGCGGCCUCAACCUGGCCCCGCAGAACUUCGUCAGCCCCCCGCAGUACCCGGACUACGGCGGCUACCAUGUGGCGGCCGCCGCCGCCGCCGCGAACUUGGACAGCGCGCAGUCCCCGGGGCCGUCCUGGCCGCCCGCGUACGGCGCCCCGCUCCGCGAGGACUGGAACGGCUACGCGCCAGGGGGCGCGGCGGCCGCCGCCAACGCCGUGGCCCACGGCCUCAACGGGGGCUCCCCGGCCGCCGCCAUGGGCUACAGCAGCCCCGCCGACUACCACCCGCACCACCACCCGCACCACCAUCCGCACCACCCGGCCGCCGCGCCCUCCUGCGCCUCGGGCUUGCUGCAGACGCUCAACCCCGGCCCCCCCGGGCCCGCCGUCACCGCCGCCGCCGAGCAGCUGUCCCCGGGCGGCCAGCGGCGGAACCUGUGCGAGUGGAUGCGGAAGCCCGCGCAGCCGUCGCUCGGCAGCCAAGUGAAAACCAGGACGAAAGACAAAUACCGAGUCGUGUACACGGACCACCAGCGUUUGGAGCUGGAGAAGGAGUUUCACUACAGUCGCUACAUCACCAUCCGGCGGAAAGCCGAGCUGGCCGCCACGCUGGGGCUCUCCGAGAGGCAGGUUAAAAUUUGGUUUCAGAACCGCAGAGCGAAGGAAAGGAAAAUCAACAAGAAGAAGCUGCAGCAGCCGCCGCCGUCCCAGCCACAGGCUCCCCAGCUGCAGCCAGGUCCCCUGAGAAGCGUCCCGGAGCCCCUGAGUCCCGUGUCUUCCCUGCAGGGCUCGGUGCCUGUCCCUGUCCCUGGGGUUCUGGGGCCGACUGGGGGGGUGUUAAACCCCACUGUCACCCAGUGA